AGUACUAGUCCUACUUUAUUACAAGGCGUUCUCUCUUCCUUCCUUCUCAGCUUCUCCAAGCUCGCGCGCAAGCAAGCCGCCGCCGCCGCCGCCGCCGGAGAGAUGGACUCCCGCGGCUUCGAUUCCGAAGGCCGGGAAUUCUCCAGCGCCACCGAGAUGUGGGCGCACGAAAUCGGCGCCGCGGCGGAUGCCCCGGUCUCCGCCGCGGUAGCCGAACCCGCUCCGGCCCCCGCCGCCGGAAGCAACGGGGUCGCCGGCGAGGAGGAGGCAGGCGGCGGCGGGAAGCGGGAGGAGUGGUACUCCAAGGCAAUCGCCUACUGGCAAGGCGUGGAGGCGUCGACCGAGGGUGUCCUUGGAGGGUACGGAUGCGUGAACGACGUGGACGUCAAGGGCAGCGACGCGUUCCUCCGUCCUCUCCUCGCCGAGCGAUUCGGCGCCGCGAGGCGCCAUCUCGUCGCCCUCGAUUGUGGCUCGGGCAUCGGGAGGGUUACAAAGAAUUUUCUUCUUAGGCAUUUCAACGAGGUUGAUCUUGUUGAGCCAGUGUCCCAUUUUCUAGAAGCGGCACAGGAAAAUCUUACUGAAUGUAUGGAAGUAGGGGAAGAUACACAUAAGGCUGCUAAUUUUUAUUGUGUACCUCUUCAGGAUUUCACUCCUGAUGAAGGAAGAUAUGAUGUAAUAUGGAUCCAGUGGUGCAUAGGGCAACUUCCUGAUGAUGACUUUAUUUCAUUUUUUAACCGUGCAAAGAUUGGGCUCAAACCCAAUGGAUUUUUUGUACUGAAGGAGAAUAUUGCAAGAAACGGAUUUGUUUUGGACAAGGAGGAUAACAGUAUCACUAGAUCUGAUGCGUACUUCAAGGAGCUAUUUAAAAAAUGUGGUUUAUAUAUCCAUAGCAUUAAGGACCAGAGCGACCUUCCAAAGGAAUUAUUUGCUGUUAAAAUGUAUGCAUUGGUGACUGAAAAGCCGAAAAUUCAAAAAAAUGGGAAGAGAAGGCGCCCUAAAAAUUCACCCCCCGUUGAGAAAUCCGUCUCCGACAACAAUUCGUUGUCAGUCCCUCGCUUUGUCCCGGCGGAUUUCGAGACCCGCUUGGAGCUCAUCCCCUUUGUCAGAGGGGUGAGUCAACUUGUUUCGCCGGCUAGCGGGCCUAGCCCAUUUACCGAGCUAAACGAGUUUGAUGAGGGAUGCACAGCGGUUACUCGUUCGGGCACUUUUAGCCCACUGCAACAUGGAGCAGUCCGUUCGGGCCCGCCUCGACGGGUACAAGGACCGUCUACGUCGGCUCGAGGGAGACCUUGGUCGAAAAAACCAGGAGCGAGAGGUGGUGGCCGAAUCCCUAAGGCAGGCUAAGGCCGAAAACAAAAAACUAAAGGAGGAACUGGAGAAGGCGAAGCACCAGAACGCUACCCUCUUGGACUACUACAAUUCGUCCGAGGGGAAGAUGAACAGCCUUCGCCAGGAGCUGGACUAGGCAAAGGCCGCAGCCGAAACCACGGCGAAAGAGUCUGCCCGCUCCGUUGCUGAGAUUACAGAUUCGGCCAAGUCGGCCAGCUAUACUCUCCGGCUUGCCCUUCAUGAGUUGGGCGCCCAGGCCAAAGGCGUUCCAGGCAAAAAUGCUUCCGCGCUGGACUUCUCGGAAUGGACACAACAAGCCGGAGGUGCCGUGGCUGAGACCGGCAGCAAUUAUGGUGAUUGUUGUGCUCGGGUUUCGGCGGCUUUCGUGCUUGGGGUGCUCCAGGAAAAUGGGUGCGAACAUGUCGCCCAAUUCCCGGAGUUCGUCAAGGGAGAUUGGCCGGAGAAGUCGUACCCCAUCUCUACUACUCUUCGCGCUUGGCGAAAAGAGUACUGGCAGAAGGAGGGGUGAACCAUCGCUAAGGGCUAUCUCCGCGACCAACUGGAGAAGAGCGCGAAGGCUCAACGCGAAGCGGAAGAAGCCGCGGAGGAGCCCAAAGCUGGCGACGGUGAAGCUGACGCAGCUGGCCCAGAUCACCCAGAGGUGUGAGGCCCUUCGCCUUUUAGCCUCCUUGUAUCUAGGGCAGCUUUCGUAGUGUGGGCUUCGCCCUUUUGCAAUGUAGCCAAAUGCGGGACACUUGUGUUUAUAUAUUAAUGAAAAUUGGGAAGUUUCGCCAA